GCCAAAAUUGAUAUCCCUAAGCUUAGCUUAACUCUGGUGAGAGAGGGCAAGCUUUUCAAAUGGAGUUCAGAGCUCGAAACUACGUCGCAAAAGAACAGUCCCACGCGCUUCCUCGUUCACGCGCCGAUAUCCACCCUCUCUCUUCUCCUUCUCCUCAGUCUAUCCGUCGCCAGGUUGAUGACAACGCGGGAAAUAGAACCACCGAGGAGUUCUUUGAUCCGCUAAGAGCACCUGAAUCUAAUGCAUCGGUAGAAAUCGUCGAUGAAAACGAUUUUGAGAGCAGUUCUAAUGGAAUCGAAGAUUCUGUCCAAGUUCAAAUGAAGGAGUGGACCUCGUUUAAGAGACUCUUAAUGCAGAGAUUUCCCGUUUCCAAAAUGAUUUCAGUUUCUUCCAUGUCAAAUACGAUAUUGAGAAGUGGAAAAGCACAUGAGAAAUCUUCAAGUAGCACACAUCCGGAAGAACUGGAUGAUCCACAAAAAUCUUCAGAAGAGAGUACAAAGGUUAUCACACGGCAGGAAUUUGUGUCACGAUUACAUGAAUUGAAAGAUGAAAUAAAUCGUGCUUGGCACAGUGAAGAUCGUGUAAAAUCUUUGAAGUUAUCUAUAAAGGUUGCAAGGCUUCUAAUGGAUACAUCAGUCUUAAAUUUUUAUCCAACAUUGUUUGUCCUUGUUUCUGAUGUAUUGGACAUGCUUGGGGACAUGGUAUGGGAACGCAUUAGGCAGAAAGCUGAAUUUGCUGAAGAUGGAGCCAAAUUUUGCUCCUUAAGAGCAGAGAAUUUUGGAGUAAGUGAUGUUCCUACUGAUGCAAAGGAAACUUGCUAUAACUGGUUUUGCAAGGUUGGAACCAUUCGAGAACUUCUUCCACGCAUUUAUUUGGAGCUGGCUAUCUUCCCUUGUUGGCGUUUUCUGAUUGAACAACCAUCAGAGUCUCUUCAGCGCUUGGUCAUGAUGACAAGAGGGUUAGCAGAUCCGCUAGCAUCUGCCUAUUGUCGCCUGUAUAUUGCCCAUCGUGCACAGAAGUUUCCUUCGCAUGACACAGGAUAUCUAAUUACAUGUGUCAAUGACAUCAAACUCAUACUUACACGGAUAUCAUCAACAAAGGAAACUGCAUUUGGAGGUUUUGCUGACAGUAAGAGGCCACUUGUCAGUCUGAUGGAACCAUCUGUCGAGUUUAUUAUGAAAAGCAUUUUAAAUGAUGCAUCACCGAGGCGGGUGGGCAAAGUACUUGUUGAGCUUGGAAUAUGGAGAAGUCAGGAGGAAUUAUUUGGUGGUUUGCCAUGUAUCUCAAUCGUUCUUCAUCAUUUACUAAAGGAACUUCCUACCGACAUUGUUUGCUUUCAUGCUGUGGAUAUCCUUCAUCUUAUCAAGUGCAGCAAUGAUAACUCCUAUGAUCAGUAUUUGAAUUACAGGUUGGUUGGACUAAGGCUGUGUGAACAGAUAUCUCAAAUCACCACUGUUGAUGCUAUUGUCAAUGAAGUUAUUCAUGUUGUUUCUGAAUAUGGGCUUGAUGAGUACCUGAAGGUGGUUGAUGCUUAUCUCGAUAUUGUUCUUCAAAAUCAGAUGGAUGGCCAUCUAAAGACUAUUUUGGAAUGGAUCUCAAAGUUGGCAUCUGAUAAGGUGUUAGCUGAGGAUGAACUAGCAAGUUUGCAAUCCAUCUUGGUGAAGCUUCUUUCUCAUUUUAAGAACGUGGAACAUGUGUUUUCUUUGAAUCAUUUUCUUCAGAUCUUAGAUAUGAUGCAUGGGAGCUCUCAUAGCAUUGUCAAUAUGCAUAUACUUGAUAUGGCUACAAGGGAUGGUUAUCUACAUGAUCCAACAACAAUACAGUUACUUUUUGAAAUAUCACAGGCUUUACAUAGUGAUACUGAUCUUGUAAACAUGAAAAAUGAUGAUAACCAACAGCAAGCACGUCUGAUUUCUCGUUUUGUCAGAAUGGUAGACCAUGGAGUAGUAUAUGAACGGCAUUUAGCAUUUCUUGUGGAAUGUCGUGGGGCCUUUGGCAGUAUUAUUGAACUUAAGGAAAUUCUUGUUCACUCUAGUAAUUGUUUAGCUACAAAAGCUCUCAAAGAUGGGAAAAAGCAUACUGGUUUUGUAAAGUCUUGCAUAGCAUUUAGUGAAGUCACAAUUCCUUCUAUUCCGGGUCACAUCAAGCAAUUGAAUCUUUUUCUCGAAACUGCAGAGGUUGCACUGUUAGGUGGUUUAGUUUCUCAUUCCGAUGACCUGAUAGAUUCAGCAAUCAACUGUUUACAGAGUUAUGAUUUGGUGGAAGGCUCUCGAACAGUUGAUUCUGAUGGGUUACUUUCCUCCAUUCGAAAAUUAUGCAGCCUCCUGAUUAUGGUUCCGGGUAAUACUGAGGUAGGAAUUUUACAUAUACCGAAGAACAUAUUAUCGAUCAUUCAUUCCCGGUCAUGGUCACCGAGACUGAGCGCAAGAUUAUUCUGUGCAAUAAUUUCUUUAUCAGCUACACUGUCACAAGAAAGGCUCCCAUACCAUGCCGAUCAUCCAGAGAUUAUGGGCAAUGAUUUGUUAUUCUUUGGUGAUUCAUCUUAUGUGCGCGAACUUCUCUCAUUGACAGAGUCUGUUCUUCAAAACCUUGUUGACAUUAUUGAACAUGAACCUUCCAGGGCUGCCCGUGGAAGCGUGUCGCUUGAAGCUUGUAACUGCAUAGUUUCGUCUUUCAAGAUAAAUGAACAUAUAUUACCCAUCUGCUCAAAACUGAUAGAAACUGCCAAAUCGUGUUUGGAUGCCAAGGACAAGUAUCUCACUUCCACCAUUAGUUUUCUGGACAAGAACAUGCAUGCUGCAACUGUCCCAUCGUCCAUUACCAUCUGAUACACAUGCAAAAAUGUCUUCAAUCCUUAUGUCGAUCGGAUUGAUCUCCUCGUUACACACAUUUGGACAUGAAUAUGAAGGUAUGAUCCCCUAAAUACAUAGAAAGAACUUCUAAGAAAUUAAGUAUUCGUAUUGCGCAUUCAUCAUGGAAUCCGUAUAACAUUAUUCAGAACCAGAAAAUAGGCCAGGAAAUAUUCUUUGCAUUCCUUGAUUGUUAGAUUUGGAAACCGUUUUUGAAAAGAAAAGCUACGUGUAUGGUUUAUAGAUCAUUCAUUUACUUUGAUGUAAACUGUCUCCCCUUGUUACAAUAUCAGGCUGCUAUUUGAGCGACUA